CGGCCCGGCCGCGCUCGGCGCCGCGGGCGGCUCGGGUUGUCACGGCGACGGCGACUCGCGGCCAUGUCGGAGCUGGGCUCCGAGGAGCAGGACGAGGCCGAGGAGGGCGAGGCCGGCGUGGGGGAAUACGACGGCGAUCGCAAUGCCGAAGGGGAGCGGCACGGCUAUGGAAAAGCUCGGCUGCCCAACGGGGACACGUACGACGGGGAAUACGAGCGUGGUUUGAGGAGCGGGCGAGGGACCUACAGGUUUAAGAGCGGUGCUCUCUACACUGGAAACUACCUUCAAAACAAAAAGCAUGGCAAGGGUAUCUUUUUUUAUCCAGAUGGAUCAAAAUAUUCAGGAGACUGGGUGGAUGACCAGAGACAGGGCCACGGAGAAUACGUGUAUGCAAAUGGAGACACCUACACUGGAGAGUGGUUUAACCACAAGAGGCAUGGACAAGGUAUAUAUGUCUAUAAAGACUCAGGAUCUAAGUAUGUUGGUCGUUGGGCAAACGGAGUCCAGGAAGGACCAGGUGAAAUUAUCCACCUAAACCAUAGAUUUUUGGGCAGGUUUUUCAAUGGAAGGCCUUUAGGUCGUGGCAAAUAUGUCUUUGAUUUUGGAUGUGAGCAGCAUGGUGAAUACAUAAAAUUGGAGCAGGAAAAAGGGGAAGAAGAAGAGGAGGAAGUCCCAUUACCUGUUGAACCUGUUGAACCAGCAUGGAAAGCAAUAGAAAUUACCAAAUUAACACCCUGGACCCCCCAGGAUGAAAAGCCCCCGACUCCCACAGCAACCCCCCUGGAGGCAGCAGCAGCAACUGGAGAGGAGGAAAUGCCGCCAGCUGAAGUCACUGGAGAGUCUGCUGAGGGCAGGGAUGUUGAGCCCUCUGCUCAUGAACCUGGUGGAGAUUUGAGCCCAGCAAGGGAUGCAGGAGAGGAAGGCGAGGGAAGACAAGAGGAGGAAGCAAACGAAGUUCGGGAGGAUCAAGGAACUACUGAUUUAGGAGGUUGAAUGAGAAGAAACAGAGUAACUGGAUACCAUUGAAGGCAAAGAUCCAGAAAAAAGGAUAUUUUAAGGUAGAUAAUUUAGUGUGGUAAACUUGCAAUAUUGUUAUUUGUAAGAGAGUGAGUUGUGUUGAAUAAACAUUUCUUUCAUGGUUC